AUGCCGACAACUACGAACUCAAGUUCGGUAUACCCGGAGAAUUGGACAUUGAGCAAAUAUCAGGAAAGCGCUACGCAGCGGCAGCUGAGCAUGAGGCAACCGUGCCACCCCACGAGCAUCAAAGCUUGUUUGGCGUUCCACGAGCCCCGGACCCUCUUCUUCCCACGCAUCAACCACCGCACCGAGUCCCCCACGUGCAGUCCAGUCGCAAGCCAGUCACUGCCAGUUUGCGUCGAUAUGCGGGCUUAUCGGCAAACAAUAUCUCAAGCGGUCGUCGGCGGUCGGCAGCUCACCGUGCCCGUAAUUCUGAGUGUCGACCGCAACUCAAACGGAAACGGAACGAAUUGGCGGCACUUGUCGGGCCUUCUCUUCGGCUCUGCCGCCGAGUCUGGAAACAGGCGAGACUCUUCAGUAAGGUGGCCGGACUUUGCUCCAGAAAAGGCAACUCACCAAGUUCCGAACGAAGAAAAGGACCAUUGCAAGACCUCUCGAUCGGCCCUUUACGACCAGUUCGAAAACCCUUUGCUAUACUUGUACGACAUAACGACCUCGUACUUGACUGCUGGCAGCCGCAGCAUCCAGGCUCAGCCAGAGAAGCCCACUGAUGAAUCUGCCAAGUCCCUCGGAUUCGUCGACCCGGCUCCAGAGCUGUCAAGUGUCGGUGGGUCUGCCGGUCUCGAACACGGCGGCGUCCUGAUCCGGAACAAGGUGAAGACUUCUCCCAUCCUCUGA